AUAUAGUCAGUUGAUGUCAGCUGGAUGCCAAUCUCUUCAGAAAAGCUCAGUCCCCAGUUUGAGUCAGAGCUAGGGACCAUGCUGUCCCAGGUUCCAGGAUAAAAACCAUCGGCCCAAGUGCCAUCCAUAAUCCAUCUCCAGAGUCUUCUUCCAUAAAUUGGGAUUCAUCCCUGCUGAAAAGCACAGUCUAACAGCUAGGGAACCAAAAAACCAUGCUAUCACAUAAUACCAUGGUGAAGCAGAGGAAACAGCAAGCAUCAGCCAUCCUGAAGGAGAUCCAUGGAAAUGAUGUAGACGGCAUGGACCUGGGCAAAAAGGUCAGCAUCCCCAGGGACAUCAUGUUGGAAGAAUUAUCCCAUCUCAGUAACCGUGGUGCCAGGCUAUUUAAGAUGCGCCAAAGAAGAUCUGACAAAUACACAUUUGAAAAUUUCCAGUAUGAAUCUAAAGCACAAAUAAAUCACCGUAUGGCUAUGCAGAAUGGGAAAGUGGAUGGAAACACCCUGGAAGGUGGUUCCCAGCAAGCCCCCUCGACUCCUCCCAACACCCCAGAUCCACGAAGCCCUCCAAAUCCAGACAGCAUUGCACCAGGAUAUUCUGGACCACUGAAGGAAAUUCCUGCUGAAAGAUUCAACACCACAGCUAUCCCUAAGUACUAUCAGUCUCCCUGGGAACAAGCCAUUAGCAGUGAUCCGGAGCUUUUAGAGGCUUUAUACCCCAAACUUUUCAAACCUGAAGGCAAGGCAGAUCUGCCCGAUUACAAGAGCUUUAACAGAGUUGCCACCCCAUUUGGAGGUUUUGAAAAAGCAUCAAAAGUAGUUAAAUUCAAGGUUCCAGAUUUUGAGCUACUACUGCUAACAGAUCCUAGGUUCAUGGCCUUUAGCAACCCCCUCUCUGGCAGACGGUCCUUUAAUAGGACUCCAAAGGGAUGGAUAUCUGAGCAUAUUCCUAUAGUGAUAACAACUGAACCCGCGGAGGAUGCCACGGUACCAGAAUCAGAAGACCUAUGAAGAGAAAGUUAUACGUGCACAGAAACCUCUGCAUAGAGAAAUUGCUGAUCACUAUUCUGCUUACUGUCAAAGCCACUUAACAUUUUUCACUAGUACCAAUAAUUUAACAGUAAUUUAGCAAUUUUCUUUUCAUGGCAUUUAAUUUCCAUCUCAGUUCAAAUACUAAUAAACAAUUAGAAAUCUUCUUCUAA